CUUAGAGCCAACCAGAGACAGCGGGAUGAGAGGAGAGGCUGAGGAGAAGUUAGGAGUGCUCCUGACCCUUCUUCCUGCAACAUCUUGAACCCCAGCAGCACUCCUGGAGGUGGAUUCUCCACAAGGAGUGCUGGGAAGGAUACAGUGGGGCCUUUUCAUGUUAACUAAAACAAGAACAGCCUCAAAACAACCAGAUCAUGACAUCAGCCACUGAUUUUGAUCACUUGGAAAUUCAACAGCAGUACAGCCGGAUUAAUGCUCGUUGGGAAGCCUCUGAUGAUGAGCUGGACAAUGACAACAGUUCAGCCAGGCUCUUUGAAAGAUCACGGAUCAAAGCUCUGGCAGAUGAACGGGAAGUUGUACAGAAGAAAACCUUUACCAAAUGGGUGAACUCCCACCUUGCACGGGUGACCUGUCGCAUUUCUGAUCUCUAUAUGGAUCUCAGAGAUGGACGGAUGUUAAUCAAACUACUUGAGGUUCUUUCAGGAGAGCUGCUGCCCAAGCCCACAAAGGGUCGCAUGCGAAUCCAUUGCCUAGAGAAUGUGGACAAGGCCCUGCAGUUUCUCAAGGAGCAACGUGUGCAUCUGGAAAACAUGGGAUCUCAUGACAUUGUAGAUGGCAAUCACCGUCUGGUGUUAGGUCUUAUCUGGACAAUCAUCCUGCGCUUCCAGAUACAAGACAUCAUUGUUCAAACUCAAGAAGGCCGGGAGACCCGUUCUGCGAAGGAUGCCUUGUUACUCUGGUGUCAAAUGAAAACUGCAGGCUAUCCUCACGUUAAUGUCACCAAUUUCACCUCCAGCUGGAAGGAUGGCUUGGCUUUCAAUGCUCUUCUUCACAAGCACAGGCCUGACCUAAUUGACUUUGAAAAACUGAAGCACUCAAACGCCCGGCACAACUUGGAGCAUGCUUUCAGUGUUGCAGAACGGCAACUUGGCAUUACUCAGCUUCUUGACCCAGAAGAUGUCUUCACUGAGAAUCCUGAUGAGAAAUCCAUCAUCACUUAUGUAGUUGCCUUCUACCACUACUUUUCCAAGAUGAAGGUGCUCGCAGUGGAAGGGAAGAGAGUUGGAAAGGUAAUGGACCAUGCGAUGGAGACCGAGAAGAUGAUCGAUAAGUAUGGUGGGCUUGCUUCAGACCUGCUGACAUGGAUAGAACAGACUAUUACCAUUCUCAACAGCCGCAGGUUUGCUAAUUCUCUGGCAGGUGUGCAGCAGCAGCUCCAGUCCUUCAGUACAUAUCGCACUGUGGAAAAACCACCCAAGUUUCAGGAGAAGGGGAACCUGGAAGUCCUGCUGUUCACCAUCCAGUCUAGAAUGAGAGCCAACAAUCAGAAAGUAUAUACUCCUCAUGAAGGCAAACUAGUGUCUGACAUCAACCGGGCUUGGGAGAAGCUAGAGAAAGCAGAGCAUGAACGGGAAUUGGCACUGAGAAAUGAGCUUAUUAGGCAAGAGAAGCUGGAGCAGCUCGCCCGACGCUUUGAUCGCAAGGCUGCAAUGCGGGAGACAUGGCUAAGUGAAAACCAGCGCCUUGUUGCACAGGAUAACUUUGGGAAUGACUUGCCAGCUGUGGAAGCAGCAAAGAAGAAACAUGAAGCCAUUGAAACAGACACGGCUGCCUACAAGGAACGUGUACAGGCCAUAGAGGAAGUGGCCAAGGAGUUAGAGAUGGAGAACUACCAUGACAUCAAGCGCAUCAAUGCUCGCAAGGACAACAUCUUACGCCUCUGGGAGUACCUGCUGGAGCUGCUGCAAGCCCGCCGUAGGAGGCUGGAGAUGAACCUUACUCUGCAGAAGUUGUUCCAAGAUAUGUUGCAUAGCAUUGAUUGGAUGGAUGAAAUGAAAGUUAAACUUUUGUCCCCUGAAUUUGGGAAACAUCUGUUGGAAGCGGAAGAUCUGCUUCAGAAACAUAGAUUGAUGGAGGCUGACAUGACCAUUCAAGCUGAGAAGGUCCAUGCUGUCAGCACAGCUGCCCUUAAAUUUGCCAAUGGAGAUGGUUAUCAGCCUUGUGACCCAAAGGUGAUACGAGAUCGUGUGAACCACCUUGAAAUGUGCCACCAAGAACUGAUGGCUUUGGCUGCAGAAAGGAAAGCUCAUCUGGAGCAGUCCAAGCGCCUCUGGAAGUUCUUUUGGGAACUGGAUGAAGCAGAAAGUUGGAUCAAGGAGAAAGAGCAGAUCUAUUCCUCCUUAGAUUAUGGGAAAGACCUGACCAGCAUUCUCAUCCUGCAGAGGAAACACAAGGCCUUUGAGGAUGAACUGCGUGGCCUGGAAACCCAUUUGCAACAGACCACCAAAGAGGGAGAAACCAUGAUUGCGCAGAAGCAUUUUGGAGCGCCCAGAAUCCGUAGUAGGAUUGAGGAAGUAAAAGCUCUUUGGGCCCAGCUGCAAGAACUGGCAGCUUUCCGCAAGAAAAACCUGCAGGAUGCUGAGAGCUUCUUCCAGUUCCAGGUGGAUGCAGAUGACCUAAUGGCCUGGCUACAGGAUGCCUGUCGCCUGGUGUCCAGUGAUGAUGUAGGGCAUGAUGAAUAUUCCACUCAAGCCCUUGUUAAGAAGCAUAGGGACCUCAUCGAUGAAGUCGUAGAAAACAAGGGUGUCAUGGACAACCUGAACAAGCAAGCCCAGAGUUUCCCCACUGAGUUUCAGGAUGCCCCUGGGUUUGAGAACAGAUUGAAAGCCAUCCAGGCAAUGUACAAUGAGGUUGUGUCCCUGGCAGAUCUGCGCAGGCAGAAGCUACAGGAUGCCCUGGAUCUCUACACAGUUUUCAGUGAGACAGAUGCAUGUGAACUUUGGAUGAGUGAGAAAGAGAAGUGGCUGGAGCAAAUGGAGAUUCCAGAUACCCUGGAAGACUUGGAUGUUGUGCAGCACAGAUUUGAUAUUUUGGAGCAGGAAAUGAAUAACUUGGCUUCUCAGAUUGAAGGGGUCAACCGAUCUGCCAGUGGCCUAAUAGAAAGUGGGCACCCACGUAGUGGGAAAGUGAGGCAGUGCCAAGAGCAUCUGAAUGCCAGGUGGAAGAUCUUCCAGGAGAUGGUGGCUCAGAGGCGGAAAGCUGUGGACUUUGCCCUUAGCCUCCACAAUUACUGUGUAGAUUGUGAGGAGACAAAGAAAUGGAUCCUUGAGAAAACCAAAGUGAUAGAAUCAACACAGGACCUAGGUAAAAACCUGGCAGGUAUGAUUGCCAUGCAGAGGAAAUUAUAUGGCAUUGAGCGUGACCUAGCAGCCAUCCAGGCCAGGCUUGCAGCCCUACAACAGGAAGCACACCGACUUGCUGGAGAGCACCCUGACCUAGCUGACGAUAUCCAUCACCGCUUGGCAGCUGUCACGGGUGUUUGGCAGGAUCUGCAGAACACGUUGCAGAGCCAGGAGGCCUCUCUUGGAGAAGCUAGCAAGCUGCACAAGUUUUUGCAGGACUUAGAUGACUUCCAGGCAUGGCUCUUCAAGGCACAGAAGGGUGUAGCUUCAGAGGAGGUGCCCAACUCCUUGGUAGAAGCAGAGCACCUCCUGCAGCAGCAUGUUGUUCUGAAAGAAGAAAUUGAUCAACACAAGGAUGAUUAUAGUAGCGUCAAAGAGAUAGGAGACAGGGUGACUCGUGGGCAAACAGACGUGGAGUAUCAGCAGCUGGAGCAGAGACUCCAGGGGAUGGAUACAGGCUGGAAUGCCUUGUGUAAAAUGCGGGAAAGCAAGGAGAAAUUCCUCAGCCAGUGCCUGGGCUUCCAGGAAUUUCUUAAAGAUGCAAAACAAGCAGAAAUUAUCCUUACCAAUCAGGAAUAUACGCUGGCUCACAUUGAGCCCCCAGAUACCUUAGAAGCAUCAGAAGCUGCUAUCCGAAAAUAUGAAGAUUUCCUUGCUACCAUGGAAGCUAAUGAGGAAAAAAUUACUGGACUGGUGGGCAACGGGAACAAGCUCGUGGCUGAAGGAAAUAUUUACUCUGAUAAAAUUAGGGAAAAGGUCCAGCUGAUUCAAGAGAGGUACAGGACUAAUGUCACAAAAUCACAGGAGGCACAUGUGCUGUUGAAGAACAAUCAUGACCUGCAGAACUUUCUACAGAAUUGCCAGGAGCUCGCUCUGUGGAUUGAUGAGAAAAUGCUCACAGCUCAAGACAUAUCCUAUGAUGAAGCUCGAAAUUUGCAUAGCAAAUGGUUGAAGCACCAGGCUUUUAUGGCAGAGCUUGCUUCUCACCAAGGGUGGUUAGAGAAAGUAGAUGAGGAAGGACAGCUACUGGCAAAGAAGAAGCCCCAGUAUGCCAGCACAGUUUCUCAAAGGCUUAUGGAACUGCAUCAACUUUGGGACAAGCUGCAGGCAACCACAGAAGAAAAGGCUCAGCACCUGUUUGAUGCAAACCGCUCUGACUUGUAUGCCCAGAGCUAUGCUGAUCUUGGUGCGUGGAUCAGUGAAAUGGAGGAGCAGCUGAAAUCUGAUGUCCAGGGGAAAGAUCUCACCAGUGUCAAUAUCUUGCUGAAGAACCUGAAACGACUGGAUGAGCAAGUAAGUGUACGGAAGAGAGAGAUGGAAGAAUUGCAGUCUCAGGCUCCUCCAGCCAGAGGAGAAACACAUGAAGUAGAUGGCAAGCAUGAGGUUAUCGAGAGGCGCUUCCGGGAUCUUCUGGAGCCAUUGAGUCAGAGAAGGAAGGAGCUGGAGACAGCCAAGGCUAAAUACCAGUUGGAUCGGGAUCUGGCAGAUGAACUGCUCUGGGUGCAGGAACGUCUUCCUCUUGCUCAGUCCACUGACCAUGGCACAGACCUCCUGUCAGUACAGUUGCUUACAAAGAAAAACCAGACUCUGCAGAAGGAAAUUACUGGCCAUGCCCCACGUAUUGAAGAGAUCCUUUGCAGAGGGGAGAGCAUGCUGGCUGGAGUUGAUGGGGAUGGAGACUUCAGGGAUAUUGAAGAGCGCCUUAAGCAGUUGAGAGGCUCAUGGGCCACUUUACAAGAGGAAGCUUCCAAAAGGUUGCAGCGUCUGGAAGAAGCCAGAGAGGCUCAGCGAUAUUACUUGGAUGCUGGGGAAGCAGAAGCCUGGAUAAGUGAGCAGGAGCUCUAUAUGGUAACAGAUGAGAAACCAAAGGAUGAAGAAAGUGGGAUUGUGAUGCUGAAGAGACACCUUCGGCAGCAGCGAUCCAUAGAGGACUAUGGAAAAAACAUCAAGCAGCUAGCUGGCCGGGCUCAGAAGCCCCUUUCCACUGGCCACCCGGAAGGGGAGCAGAUCAUUCGGUUGCAGGGGCAAGUAGACAAGCAGUAUGCAGGCUUGAAAGAUCUGGCUGAGGAGCGCAAACGUAAGCUGGAGCACAUGUACCAUCUCUUCCAACUGAAGCGAGAAGUCGAUGAUCUUGAGCAGUGGAUUGCAGAGAGAGAUGUCGUGGCAUCAUCCCAAGAGAUGGGGCAAGACCUCGACCAUGUCACUCUGCUGCGAGAAAAGUUUCGUGACUUUGCCAGGGAAACAGGAAACAUCGGGCAGGAGCGGGUAGACAAUGUCAAUCUUAUAAUUGAGCAGCUGAUUGAUGCUGGUCACACGGAGGCUGCCACGAUUGCGGAAAUGAAGGACAGUCUGAAUGAGAGCUGGGCUGACCUGUUGGAACUGAUUGACACCAGAAUGCAGCUGUUGGCUGCCUCCUAUGACCUACACAAAUUCUUUUAUGAUGGUGGUGAGAUCCUGGUUCUCAUUGAGGAGAAGCACAAGGAAUUACCCAAGGAGUUGGGCCAGGAUGUCAACACAGCAGAGUCUUUCCACAGGACGCACACAGCUUUUGAGCGUGAUAUCCACUUGUUGGGAGUGCAGGUUCAGCAUUUCCAAGAAGUAGCAGCACGUCUGCAGGCAGCCUAUGCUGGGGAAAAGGCAGUUACUAUCCAGAAACAAGAACAAGAGGUAGUAAAGGCUUGGAAGGCCUUGCUUGCAGCCUGUGAGGGGCGGCGUGAUCAGCUGGUUGAUACAGCAGAGAAGUUCCGUUUCUUCAGCAUGGUCCGGGACCUGAUAUUUUGGAUGGAAAAUGUGAUACGGCAGAUUGAAACACAGGAGAAGCCCAGGGAUGUUUCAUCUGUGGAACUUCUGAUGAAAUACCACCAAGGCAUAAAGUCUGAGAUAGACACCAGAGACAAAAGCUUCACCACCUGCAUCGAUCUUGGCAAAGCAUUGCUGCAGCGCAAGCACUAUGCUAUGGAUGAGAUUAAAGAGAAACUGGUGCAUCUGACGGAGAAGAGGAGAGAAAUGGUGGAGAAGUGGGACAGGCGUUGGGACUGGCUUCGCUUGUUGCUAGAGGUGUGUCAGUUUUCCCGAGAUGCCUCAGUGGCAGAGGCAUGGCUCAUUGCCCAGGAGCCCUACCUGUCCAGUGGUGAUUAUGGACACACUGUGGAUGGUGUGGAGAAAUUGCUAAAAAGACAUGAAGCCUUUGAGAAAUCCACAGCCACAUGGGAUGAACGUUUUGCAGCACUGGAACGACUAACCACACUUGAAUUACUAGGAAAGAGAAAAAUCCCAGAGGAGCCUUCACAGCACAAAGUAGCUAGAACCACAGACCUAGAAUAUGACUUUGAACCAGAGCCAGAAGAUGAGACAGGGCCUAAAGAAGAAGGCAAGAAGAAGGAAGGGUUAAGCUUAGAAGAUGCUCUUUCUCCUGCUGCAGAAGACUCCUCACUGGUGCAAGAAAAUGAGAAGCAAGCUUAUGAAACAGCCCCAAAAGUGCUACCUGAAGAAAAACUGCCUGAGACAGAGAUCAGAGUGGGCAAUCAAGAAACCUCCACUAAGGAAUUGCUGUUCAAAGUGGUCCAAACCCCUGUGAGCGAGAUAGAUGAGACAACAACCCUUCCUGCACAACUGGACAGAUCUCACAGUGUACAACUUGAGGGCUACCUCGGGCGGAAACAUGAUCUAGAGGCCCCUAACAAGAGGGCUUCCAACAGGUCAUGGAAUACAUUAUACUGUGUGCUCAGGAAUAGUGAGCUGACAUUUUAUAAGGAUGCCAAGAGCUUGGCUUUGGGUGUGCCUUACCAUGGAGAGGAGCCUUUCCAGAUGAAGAAUGCCUUCUGUGAAGUAGCUGCUGAUUACAAAAAGAAAAAACAUGUCUUCAAGUUGAGACUCAGCAAUGGAAGUGAAUGGCUUUUCCAUGGCAAAGAUGAGGAUGAAAUGCACACCUGGCUUCAGGGCUUCAGCACAGCAAUAAUUGAAUCCCAAAGCAUUAAAAGCAAGGCUCAAAGCCUGCCUCUGCCUUCCAUCACUACCAUGGAUAUGAGCCUGAUCAAGAAAGACAAAGAGAAGAGGUUCAGCUUCUUUCCCAAAAAGAAAUAGCCAGACACAUGGCUUGCUCCAGUCAGAUGCCUAUGUUCUAAUAUGCAUAAAGAAAAAGUGCAUGCAUGAGUCUCCCUGGGCACUUCUGGCCCCAAUCGACACUGUUCUUAUCCCCCCAACACAGCCCUGCUUCUCAUUUCUCACCACAUCCACCAUGCUCUCCAGAGUAUCAAUCCAAUAUUUCAAGACAAAGUCCUUUCUCUGAGGCACCUGCUGUUUUCCAGAGCAGAGACUUUGAGAUAUAUGGAUCCUCAGAUCACUCAUUGGGAAGACAGUUCAGCAAGGCACUCCCUGUGUGUGAUAUGCUGUAGACCCAGCAACUGAAAAAGAACUUCAGUAGAAAGAUACCAUAAGACUUACUGCAGAAGAAAGAAGGGAAGCAGGGAUUGCUCAAAAGGGAUUCAACAAGAACCAUGGACAUUCUUCAUGGGGUUUUGAAGCCAUUUCUCUUCCUACUUGUGAAUGUCAUAGAUCCUUAUCAAAAACUAAGAUUCUCCCUGUCUUCUGCUAAAAUAGACUCAUCACUUAGAAUUUCUCUGGGGUAUCAACAAAUGUUCCUCCUCUUUUAGAAGAAUACAGAUAGCAUGCCCUCAGUUAGCUUCUGACUACUUAUACUGGAAGGUUAGAAGUCAGUUUUCAGCAAGGCAUAUGCUCCUCUCUGUAGGGACGGACACACACACACACACACACACACACAGAACCCAUGUCACAAAGCACAGAACUUCUUCUCCUACAAAGGUGUACCUCACCUUCCAUUGAGAAUGACAAAACCCCUGAUUAUAUUGGAUCUGUUUUAUAUCCAAAAGAGAGUAUCAUCCAUGUUCAAACUUGUGCACUAAAUUGGUAAGAAUGGAGACUUAUUUGAAAUAUACGUGUAGAAGAGAGAGCUGAACCAUGCUCACCUGGUUCAUAAACACCCUACAGCAACAGUUAGCCUCAAAUAAGUUCGCCUGAAAACAAUGGAACAAUAUAUGAGACUAAGUGAAGCUCAGCUGCUUUCAGUAGGACUUAGCUGCAACUACCUGUUGCUAGACUGUGCCCCAUGUUACUUAAUGAAAUUUAUAAAUCCUGUUAUUUAUGCAGGGAUUUUCUUUGUGACUGGCCUGAAUCUGGGCUCACUGCUGUCUUCUGAGCCUUCUGAAAACAACUGUUCUGUGCUGGCUCAGCUCUCCAGAAGCAAAUGGAUCCUCCAUUGUUCCCUUUGAGAAUCUGUUAUGCCUGAGCAUGGCUUUUGGUAAUUCACUGCACUGCUUGCACUUUUUAAGAGUGUGGCUUUUUCAGUCACUAUAAAUGCACAGUGCUAAUCCCAUCUGCUCCAUCCUGCAAAGACCUCUGCCUGUGAUGUGUGUGUGAAUGGCUAUUUAAAAUAUAUGCAGGCACUUCCUACCCUGAAUUUAUGCAAGCCCUUUUACCUAAGGUAGGAAUUCAUUCCAAAAAGCAAACCGUAGAACAGCAACUGGUACAUAUUACCAAGGAGCAAAGUUAAUAGUUGAUGACAUUACGAGGAGCUUGCAGAUUAUCCUCUCACACUGGCUGCUUUGUGGUGAUGGUAGUACUGGCUGGGAUGUUUUAAGGAUCUUCUAUUAGACUCCCAUUGUUCAGUAGCCUUCGCGCACCCCACCCCUAGGGCUGAUAGUUAUUUAUAAAAAUUAGUCAUAUUUUCUUUGUGGAUGUCAUGUACCAUACUGAAAGUGCCUUAUCCUAGGGGCUUCCUAUAAUUAUCAUCACUCCAAGAGUGAGCACACUUUGUAAACCCCACGCACAGACCAGUUUAGAUUCUCCUUCUAAAGGAAACAUGAAACCAUCUCUUGGCAAAAGAGAAACUCUUGGGAUACUGAGGGGCUCUUCUUUGCCUGGCACCCACCUGCAGCUGUGGAAAGAGGAAAGGCUAUAUACUUUACAGAGUGCAGUGACCAUGAACCCAAGUACCAAGCGCAAAACCUUGACUGAGGUUUAGGACAUUUUGAAGUGUUACUUUUCAUUGAGUCUCAAAGUGCUACACUUCCCCAGAUCUUGUGGAUGAUAAUGCGUAGUCCAUAUAGACUGUUCUGCUAUUGUGAUGGGCACAUUUCCCAUAGUGCUACAUUUGUCUAUGAACAGCUAGUACAGCCAAAUGGUUUUUAUUGCUGCACGGUGUACUCUGGUAACACUAACGCCACUGAAUGUUGGGGGGAGGUGAGUGCAAUCACACAUGCCCGACUGCGUACCUGCCUCUCCUGCCCUGUGCCCUUUUAAAGCAUCACACCAUGAAGGAAACUUUCCCCUCUUUAUGUUGAGAGACUACGUGCACAUCCGGAUGACCAUCAAGCCAGCUUUUGAGACCUUUGUAUGCUAGUAGGGCUACACAGCAGACUGUAACACUCCUAUACGCCACCAAGAGUGUUUUUUUCAGUGAGUAUUUGUAGGAGGGAAGAUAAAAACUAGACCAGGCAGUUUUACUUAGCAUUACUGAAAAUCCUCUAAUGCUUUGGAACAGGCAGCUUAGGCAGACAAACAAGUGGUGCCAUAGCAAAAAGUCAGCCCAACUGAAUCUUCUAGUUAUCACAGAGAUGCAGUAAGACUGCAUCCUGCAACAUGUGACUUGAAUCUGCAACAGAAUUGUUGCUACAGAGACUUGUGGCUGGCACCUCUACAGAGUGACACACCUGUGCCACGGAUUUCAAGCCUCUAUUGAAAUAAGUGCAUGUAACUCCGUGACAGGUUGGGCCGUUGUAUGCGAGAGCAUUUGUGGGGGCUGGGUGGAUGGGAAUUAUUCAGCGGUAACAGAGUACGAGAACAGAACAUCCUUAGGUAUUUUAAGACUGCAGUCUGUUUAAUAUAAUUGAAUUCACUGGAAGGGCUCCUUGGGAGCACUGCCAAAAAAGUAGAUCUCCUGCCCCAAGUUCCUUGUCUCGUAUGCUCAGUCUGGAAUCCCUGGGCAUCUGCUUGCAGUAAAUGUUCUGCCUUCAUACCACAGUGCUACCUGUUCUAUCCCUCCAGUAGUUUCCGAGUCUGUACAUUUCACACUUGUUUGCCAAGGAGUAAUCAUAUUCUUAAUGUUCUAAACUUCCUGUCAUAAUCCAAAUCAAUGUGCUGUGAUUUUUUCUCCUACCUUUUCAGUCUACACUUAAGAUAGGAAGGGAAUGCUAAAACAUACUCUGAAGUGAGUACAAAGAAAAGUAGUUAGUACAAAUGAAGAUGCUGUGAGGCUUUAAAUUCCAUGUGGAAAAUGUCUUGUAUGAAGUCACCUUCACAACCAAAGAGGAAGAGAGGCAACAGGCAAGGAGCGCUAGGGACUUAGAGGCUUUGGGGAGUGGAGUUUCAUAGAAGAACAAAGCACAUGAGAAGACAGACCGAGUCAAGACUUUCCUUAAAAUACCACCAGGAAAAGAACCACUGAACAUGCUACCCAGCAACACUUGGGCCUCACAAGGCCCUGGGUAGCAAACUCGGCCCCACUUUCUUUUCUUGGGAGAUACUGUGACCUUCACUCUUGAGUUUCAUGUAUAGUAUGUUGCUGAUUUUUUUAAAAAAAACUAACCUAAAAUGCUCUUGACUACUGCUGUUGUGUGACCACUGCCCUGCACUGGACUGUGUGCUGUUUGGAAGUUGCUUUAUAGCUUGUGUACUUUUUCUACUUUCCUGUAUCUUAAACCAUUGUUUGUAUAUGGACUAUGCUUCCAGACCUCUGUUAAAGAUUUGGUCGCAGCUCAGCAGGUUUUGAAUACAGUUGUCUGUGCGCCACUGUGUCUCUCUGCACUGUGCUCCUACCCAUUAGAGAACAGGAGCAAUAUUAGCCUAAUAGGAACCAUUUUCUGUCUGGUGGCUUAUAGCCUCAUGGUGCCUGGCCCCGUCUAGCUCUUCCAUUCUUGGAAGGAUUGAUCCAGCUCUGAGACUUGCAAAAUAACUUCAACUCUGUUAAGCUGUUCUCCCAUCAAGCUUUGCUUUCCAAGACCCCACCAAUGCAGUGGUCAGGACCUGUUUAGAAAGGAACAGCACAUCACAAGGCCCAGAACAUGUUUGCUGCAGAGUAGCAAGGGCAGUUUUUUGGCAAUCAGGAGAAUAAUCUCUCUUCUCCUACAGGAUCAUGUGACUGGAAUUAAUUCACUUAUUUUAAGAGCCAGGCACCAAAUUCCACCUGCUCCAAUGUGCUUCCACUGUCCAGAAAGAGCUAAAGCUUCAGAAUGUGCUUCAGAAGCAAUUUAAUAACAUUUUUUCUAAUAAAUGAACAAAUAAAAUAUUUCUUGGCUCUUGGA